AUGAAACUGGUGCAAAGGAUCUUGGCACUAGGCUGGGCAACUACCGUCUUAGCGUUACAGACAUGCUUAGCAGAGCAGCCUAGAUGGACCUUGAGUGGCGAGACCCAGGUGUUUGCAGACCUGAACACCUGUGAGCUAAAGAGUGUGCACAGGUUUCUGAUGAACAGGACAAAGCUGGACCUGCAGCCAUCCAAGACACUGACUUUGCACAAGAACUCCGUAUUCCUCAUCGAACUGCUGCUGCCCAGGAAGAAGGAUGUGCUGAACUUUCUGGAUAAAGAAAAAACACGUCCUGUGCGGGAAGCCCGAGUUGUCAUCUUCUUUGGGGCCCAGGAGCACCCCAAUAUCACCGAGUUUGCAGUGGGGCCCCUGCCACAGCCCACCUACAUGAGAAAACUAUCCUCCAGGCCAGAGAAACAUCACUCCUGGGCAUCCAGACCCAUGUCCAGAGUAGAGUAUGGUCUCCUACACCAGAAACUGAAGAUAGUCAUGGAGCCUUUGCGUCAGUUUACGCUUAACAUCACAGGUUAUUCCCUGCAGGACUGUAAUGGUGAGUGCCUGGUCUUCACAGAUGUGGCCCCCAAAGAUGUAGAGUCCAGAUAUCGCCAAACCUGGUUUAUCUUACAACUCAUUGUGGACUAUGAAUUCCUGCAACCCACUGGGCUGGAGAUCCUCAUAAAUCAUGAGAGUUUACACACCAAGCACUGGACCGUGGAGCAGGUCAAGUAUAACGGCAGACUCUACAAAAGCACAGAGGAGCUGGCUAAGAAAUAUGAAAAGGGAGAAGUAGACACCGUGGUCUUCAAGUACUCACUGCCCAGGAGAAACGAGGACCCACCACUCUUUUACAUGACCCCUGAGGAAGUCCCCUUCGGUGAGAACCGCUCCCAUGUGGUCCAGCCCCAAGGUACACAAUAUACUGUAAAGGGCAACACCGUGCAUUACGGAGACUGGAGCUUCUCCUACCUGCUGCGACCCUCUUCUGGGCUUCAGCUCCUCAAUGUGCGCUUUGAGUAUGAACCAGUCGCCUAUGAGGUCAGUGUGCAAGCAAUUGCGACCCUGUAUCAAGGAAAGUCACCAGCAGGCAUGUACACCAAAUUUAUGGACGUGGGCUGGGGCCUAGGGCCUGUCACUCAUGAAUUGGUCCCUGGCAUCCACUGUCCAGACACAGCCACUCUCCUGGAUGCUAUCCACUACUACGAUGAUGAUGACCCCGUACAUUACCCAAAAGCACUCUGCAUCUUUGAGAAACCCACAGGGACAUCUGCUAGGCCUAGGUUUAACGAGUUCACACGUGGCUUCAACUCACGUGCAGAUUCGGAAGGACACAUGCUGGUGCUGCGGACCAUCUCAACAGUCUACAAUUUUGAUUACAUCUGGGACUUUAUCUUCUAUUCCGAUGGCUUAUUGGAAGCCAAGAUGCAUGCCACAGGUGUUGUCCAUGCCCACUUCUACAACUCCAAGGGACAGCGCUACGCGAUUCACCUGCACGCACCCCCACAAGGCAACAUCCACAUCCACCUAGCACACUACCGUAUUGACCUGGAUGUGGCAGGCACAAAGAACAGCUUCAAGACACUGCAGCUGCAGCCCAUGCUGGAAAACAUCAUCAAUCCAGGGAGCACAAGACAGGUCCCGACCAUACUUAAGCAGAAACGACAUUCCCAUGAAAUGCAGGCUGCCUUCUGCUUAGAAAGACCUCUGCCCUACUACCUGCUCUUUGAUAGCCCCAAAAAAGACUUCUGGGGUCACAGACGCAGCUACCGCCUAGUGAUCAACUCUAAGGUUAAGCAGGCUCUACUACCAUCAUGGCAGGAGUGGGCUGUCAGUUGGACCAGGUACCCCCUGGUGGUAACCAAGUACAAGGAGUCUGAACGGCACAGUACAAGCUUCUACAACCAGAACCACCCCUGGGAUCCACCUGUGGUCUUUGAGAACUUCCUCCUUGACGAUGACAACAUUAAAGACAAGGAUUUGGUGGUCUGGGUGACAGUGAGCUUCCAGCGCAUCCCCCUUUCUAAGAAUGUCCCCAAGAAGGCCAGAUCUAAGAACCCCGUGGGUUUCUUGCUCUGGCCCUUCAACUUCUAUGGCAUCAAGAGACACCAUGCACAAAGAACACAACUGUCAAGACUUUGA